UGUGUGUGUGUGUGUAUGCAUGUGCACACAGAAACACAAGCACUUAUCGUCUUUGUGCUAAGAUCUAGAAAUUGUUAUAUAAAACAUUGAUUCCUUACUGUUUUUGUAGAAAACUAUAGCUGGUGUGCUUCACAAAGGGGACUGGAUGAUAUCCUGCCUUGGAAUUUGAGCUUUUAACAUAUGAAUUUAUUCCAUAAUUAGCCUCCUAGAAUUUUAAUAGUGGUAAUUAUCUACCCUUUGUGAAUAUUUCUUCUUUUAUUGGUAAUAAAAUAUUAUAUUUCAAUGUUUCAAGAAAACGGUUCACCUUAGCAAAAAAAAAAAAAUAGAAGAAUUUUUAAGUAAUUUGUCAGCACUGUUAUACCAGUAGAAAAUUUUAAGAAUACCUUUCUGUUUUCUGAGCAUAAUGAUACCAUGUCUCAGUUCUGCAGUAGAGACACGGUACUAGCAUUUCCUGCUUGCACUCUUCCUUAUUCUUCUGUGUAUUAACAUAAUGAGACAAAGCCCAUUGGGAAAGAAGCUCAUAAAAUACAACACACCAGAUAUGAUAGGACUCAGUUUAUACAACAGCAGUCACUGCAACUUUUCUGAGCUCUUCCACUGAUUCUUGCAACACAACAAAUAUUCAUGAAAAAUAGAAACCCAGGAAAUCUGUAAUGGAAUGGAUUCCUCAGUAUAUAUCCUAAGGCCUAGUAGUGAUACACUUUAUUUGUUGAUAGAACUAAAUCCAUAUAAAAAAAUAAAGUGUUUAGAACUUCUUAAAUAUGAAAUGGGAGUCCUUAAAGAUAAUUAAACAGGGAAGUGGUGUGAUUUAGUUUUUGUUUAAAAAAAAAUCAACUGGCUUCUCGGUAAAUCAUAAAAGGAUAUGAAUUUAGAAGAAAAGCAUUGGAAAAGCUGUUGCAAUAAUGCAGAUUUUAAAUAUUUGUUUAUGUAUUAUACAUGUGCUGCGUGUGCUCUUGGAGACAGAAUAAGACAAACUUGCUGGUGAAUGGGAAGAGCAGGUUAAGGAGGAGGAUCUAAGACGAUGCACAGAAGUUUGAUUGUAUCUGAGUGGAUGGAGCUGCCACUGAUGGAGACUAGACAGCUUCAUAGGAGAAAAUUGAUGCACAGGUCACCAAGGACUCAGGUGGAGACAUUAGUUUGAGUAAAAUUCCAGCUUGAUUUUCAGGAGGACACAUCAACUUAACUAUGUGUCCCUUCUUACCAUAUGAGAUUAAGAAAUUCAGGAGUGAAGUUAUAAACUUUAGAUUUGAAACAAUGAUGUUAAAGACAUGUGGUGAUAUUUUAUUUGUGCUGAAAUGUGAUGAUAUUUUAAUUUGUGCCUGGAGAUCAGAGGAAAUAGAAAAACAUUUUAAGUAAACAAAGAAGUCAGGCAACAAGGGUAGACACGCCCUUAAUCCUAUCCCUUGGCAGGCAGGAUCUCUGUGUGUUCAAUGCCACACUGGAAACAGAGCCAGGUGUGGUGGCACACGCCUUAAAUUCCCAAACUAGUUAACCAUGGAGGUCCGGAGGUCAGUACAAACAGACAGGAAGUGACAGAGCUGUGUAGGAAGAGGAAGUGAUAUAGCUGAACGGAAAGAGCAAAUCAGAUGGCAGAACCCAAGGCGUAUAGAUGUGGGUAGAUGGGCAGUAACUCACGUUUGGAAGCUGCAGAGUUGGGUGAGGUAAGGUGACUGUUUCCCUGAUCUCUCUAAGGCUUUCGCCCCUAUAUUUGACUCCGUGUUUUUUUUAUUUAAUAAGACCAUUUUAGAAAUUUGUCUACAAAGACAUGGAAAAAAUUUCUCAGGAAGAGAGUUGAUGAUGAAAUAAAAGGAAUGUCAAAAAUUAGACUACGCAAGGGAUGAUCAGCCAAUUUUUCAGAAGAGGAACUAAUGGACCAUUACAGUGUCAGGGUAGUGUGGCUUCAUGAAGCUGAAAUCCCAUAGGAAUAGAUACAAGAGGAAUGAAGUGCUUCUCUUCUACGUGAAAUGAUACUUAGUGUAUGAAUGGACUGAGAACCAAGAAGUGACUGAGUUUUAGCAAUCUGGGUAUCAGUUGUAACCUAGACAAGAGUCCUGUCAAUGGAGUCCAAGGAGAUAAUAGGCUGUUUGAAGGGAACUUGAGAAAAAGAUGAAAGGCGAAGAGUGUUGAGUCAGAAAACAGUCAAAUUGUUCAAUAUGUGUUGUUGUCUAGGUACAUGACAGCUGAUGGAGAAGUCAAGCUGAAGAGAGAAAUUGACACUUAGGCAGAGGAGAUAAUAACUGCAAAGAAAAUGAUCCAGAGAUGCUUACAUCAUCAGGAAAUGCUUACAUCAUCCACAAAAGAAGAAAUUUGAUAGCGUAUGAUACCAAUGCAAAGAAAUUUGCCAUGUUGAUUGGAAAGCAGAGAGACUCACGGUCAGCUUCAUUUUAGCAUAAACUAAGUGGUAAAGAUAAAUGAAGAGAUAAACAUCUCCCAAAAAUGAGAAGGAAAAGACGAAAGGCCUGUAGGAAAUGGAAACUCUUGAAUACUACAGUAUGUACGUCUCAGCCAUCUGGUCAAACAUGUCAAAAAAAUGUGAAAGAUUUUGAAAAGGACAUAAAGGGACACACUUCAGAGGCUGUGUUUCAUCAGACUGGGGCAUUAGGGAAAUUGAAGGAAAAUGGAGAUGAGUGUGUAUCUACUUCUAUAAAUGGAAAACAGAAUUCCUCUUUUCUCCCCAAAGAUGAGAAACAACCUCCAUCUGACAGCAAAAUACACAAGAGGAUGGAGAAUGAUGACCCUCCUUCGGCCAUCUCUUAUCCACUAGAAGAAGUCUUACCAGUGGCCAUGUUUAAUGACUGUGAAAAAUCAUUAUCGGGGAAAAUUACAACACUGGAUUUCCCAAACACAGUUGAAGCCUUAAAGCCAACAAAAGGCAAAUUUAUUACAGAAGUCAAAUGUGGAGCUUUCAAUGUACAAGUGGAAACCACGAAAAGUGUUUUGUAUAAAACAGGAGCUCAGUUUCCAAUGAAAAAGCGAUGUCCAACAUGUCACCAGCAUUAUUCUGUCCAGCAAGCACAGAGAGGCUCCCCAGCUCGGGGCCACUUCCCUAAAUAUAGAUCUGUAUUAGCACAAGAGUUCAAGCACAAGGUACCACCUGCAUGCAAAGGAGAGCUUUCUAGAAGUGAGAUCCCUUCAAUAAACAUAAACAUUGCAGGAAAAGAAAUAAUGGUUGAAUAUGCAAGUAAAAAACAGAACAUAUCCAUCCAUGUAUCUCAUCCUAAAAGCAUAGGAAAAUCGACAAAACCUAGAAAAAGUUACUUGAAUCAAACCACGAAAGAACCUUGUCAGUCUCCUUCACAGCCUGCCAUAAAUCUCCCUGAAAACUGGAGCCUUGAAAACCAGAACCAGGGUUCACAUGGUUUGCAUGACGUUCCCUGUAGUGUGAAUAUUGUCCAGAAAGAGGAUUCAGACAAAAUUGUGGUUUCUCUAAGCUCACCUCUCAGGAGGGAGGAAAAGAAACCCAACACACUGCCUUCUGCCUCAGAUGGUUCAGAAGAGAAAGAUUCUGCCACAUCUCAGCAGAAGGUCCUUGAAAUUAUUCAAGACAAUCCCCAAAAGCAACAUUUCUUCACAGCUGACUCUUGUCUUCCUACCUCAUCUGAAACCUUAAGGACCACAAGUUUAAAUAAUAUGGAUUUAAAUAAAAUGUCUUUUGAGGAUUCUAGGGAUGUGGAUAAAGAGAGAAAAAGCAGCUCUCAUGUCAAGGAAAAUAUCACCUCGGAUUCUCAAGUACGGCCAUGCACAGCAGGAACAAAUGGUCCCCUAAGUACUAUGGGUGGUGUAAUUCCCAUCCAGGAUGCCUCAGACUCUGAAUUUUGUCCUUUGUCUUUUCUAACCAUGCAACUCUUGGGAGAAAAAUCAGGCAACACCAGCUGCAGAGGCGACAGAACUCUAACAGCAGAAGAAUGUGACAAGUCAAGUUCUUCUUUCCCUGUCAGUGAACAUGUUCUGAAGCCUUCUCCUUUGCUCAGUCCAUCUCACCAGGGCACAAGACAUUCAGAGCUUGUAGAGACUCCUGAGAACGCAUUUUCCUUUAGCCAAUAUAUUGGGGUUGAGACAGAGCAGGAGAAAGUACAUGGUGAUGUGACUUACAGAGACAUUAAUGAGGCUGUGUCACACAGUGACUCUUCUGCAAACGCACAGCUAUUGGAAAGCAAGAGCACACAGACUCCAACUGUGGGGCUUGCACCCUGCAGUAGCCUAGCUUCGAAGAGCCCACUUCAUGGCGAUAUACACAGCUCUGUGGGAUGGGAUCAAACAGAGGACCCUGCAAAUCAUGUAGAGACAGAAGCGCCAGACCUGGCCUCCAUAACUGAUGAGUUCGAGCAGAGAGUUGCCACUCAAAAUUGCAGCGAAGACACAGUUGAUUCUAACUGCCCCACGGCAAUAAGAAACCCUAGAGAGGCAACAGGCUAUCAGGAAAAUGUCGAAAUACCAGUGGUGAACAGUAUGUGCCACGGAGAUUUUGAAGACCUACCUGGUGAGAAUCAGAAUGAAAUCUGUUCUCAAAUGGACUUUCCACCAGACUCCGCUGGGUCUGCCUGUACAGGACAUGCUACAGAAAAGCUGUUUCUUAUGGAUAAGACGCUAACCGGUGACACAGAUCCAAAUAGUAGUAAAGGUGACAAAAGUCUUGGACUGAACGACUUCGAACAGGAACCAGCAGAGUGCCAAAGGACUGUAUCAAGGGGACACCCUGAAGAAAGUGAGAACAAAAGUGACCCCACAGAAACUCCCUGUCACCCGGUGGACAUAUUGCUGUCGCCACAGAGCCAGAAGGCUCUGAAAGACCAGAAUUUGGAAAACAAUAACCCCCGCAAGCUAUCGCAGGAAUUGGCUCGAAGAGGUGAAAGAGCCAGUGACGGUUCCCAGGAAGAAGCCAUAGACCAGUGGGCCAGAAGGAGGCAGCAGUUCAGGGACGGCAAGAGAUGCAGCUCAGCUGGGGGCAGCUCUGUCAUCAGCAACUUCACUGAAGGCUCCGUUACCUCAGAUGAUGCUCUUUCUCCAGAUUUUGGCUUUCGAGUUGAUAUUGAAGAAAAGGGAUUCUACACAGAGAAUUUUCAUUCAACAGCAUGGGUUUUCCGAGGUGAUGAUGGAAAUCCUGAAGACAGCCCCAGGUGUCUUAGUAAAAAGCCAAGACCAGUAGCUGUUCGUGAGCGAACUGUGAGACUAUUCAAAGGAACUGGAGAUUACCCCUGGGGAUUCCGGAUUCAGUUCUCCAAACCAAUCGUGGUGACUGAAGUGGACACCAACAGUGCUGCUGAGGAAGCUGGACUCCAGAUUGGAGACGUGGUGCUGUCUGUCAAUGGCACUGAGGUCACCAGUGUUGAGCAUGCAGAAGCUGUGCACCUUGCAAAGAAAGGUCCAGACAUCUUGACUCUAGUGGUGGGAUCCGACAUCAGCCGCUGUCCCAAUACCCCAUGGCCCACCUGUCGUGGCUACCUGCAUAAGAGGACUCACUCGGGCUUUGUGAAGGGCUGGAGGAAGAGGUGGUUUGUGUUGAAGCAUGACGGCUAUCUCCUCUAUUACAAACACAGAAAGGAUGAAGAGAAGUGUCCACCUCUAGACAUAAUAAAAUUAGAAGGAGCAGAAAUUGAUGUUGACAAUAGCUUGGGAAAACCAUUUGUGUUUAACUGUAUGCCUCAGUCUGGAAGUAGAAUAUUCUGCCUCUGUGCAACUUCAAACCAAGAGAUGAAAAGGUGGCUUGAAGCAAUGCACAAAGCAGCCCAUCCUGUCCGCCAGAACCAUGUCUGGGAAGAUGUCACGCUGCACAACAGUAGGCUCCCACCUCUUGCUAUCAAACAUCCUGAAUGCCUGGGCCUUCUGCACCAGCUGGAGAGAAGCACAGGGGAGUGGCUUCAGCACUACUGCAUUCUGAAGGAUGGCUGCUUGUAUCUCUAUGCUAGCAUUCGCUCCACUCAGGCAUCAGGCGGCCUGUAUCUCCAAGGAUAUAGGGUGACUGAACAGACCCAUGGUUUCGAACAAGCAGUAAUUGAACUCAAACCUCCAUCAGAAGAGUUCAGGACUUUCUAUUUCUGUGCAGAAAAUAAAACAGAAAAUCAGCGCUGGAUUACAGCUUUGAAAACAUCGAUCAAAAAAUGGCUUCCUUUGGACCAGGCCAUUCAAGAGUUCAUGAAUCGACCUCUAGAGGAGACUAGAAUGUGAAAGAAACUGUAAAUAAAAAGACAGUUUCCACAAGGGUGUCCCCAACUUAAUGAAAGAAAGGAAACAUUUCUGAAAUAUAGUUUUCAAAUGAAUCUACUCCUUAUGUGUUAAAAGUUGGAGCAACUGAUAUCAGCGUUCAAGUAUGACACUUACAUCACAGACUCCUCCCUAGCCUGCUUACAUUUGCGUCAGCAUACCUUAGCUCCCCUACCCCAAGCCUUUGAAAACAUCAAUAAACAUGUAUUUGUCUCA